GUCUCCCUAAUCGUGUGUCGUUUACUAAAUCACAAUGCAUAUACAUGCAUGAACCCAGAAGUGUAUACAGGCAAAUUUCUGACUUAAUUAUCCCUCUGCCCUGAAGCCGAAACUCGAUCCAUGAGCCAAACACAUACUCUGCGAGAAGGCAGCAGCCUUCACAAGCGUGCAAUCGCAGACCAGACUGUACAGGCUUCUGGUCCAACUUUAGAACGUGAAGUUGUAUUUCGAAAAGAUGGUGAUCACAAAGUAACGGUACAGAGUGAUUUAUGGAGGAAAUGGGAUGUAUUUUACAGGUUUUGUCGUCUGCAUAGUGUUACUGGCACGGUUACUGGGGUAAUUUCGGUUUCGCUUCUGCCUUUGACUUCAUUCGGAGAUUUGUCACCUGCAUUUUUUCUGGGUUUGCUCCAGGCGGUGCUUCCGUUUGCUUUCGUGAACAUCUAUGUGGUUACACUCAAUCAAUUGCUCGAUGUCGGAAUUGACAAAAUAAACAAACCCUAUCUUGUUCUGGCGUCUGGAGAAUAUACGAUGCGACAAGGAAAGGCUAUUACUUCGGCAUUUGGAUUUAUGUGCUUGGCUAUGGCAAUCAUGUUCCGCUCCCCUCCAUUACUUUAUGGAAUUUUUAUACAUUUUUUGGUUGGAACUGCAUAUUCGGUCGAGCUGCCGUUGCUGAGAUGGAAAACAAAGCCAUUCCUUGCUGCAUUAGGUAUCGGCCUCCAUGCAUUCAAUUUCCAGCUUGCUGUAUUCUGUCACAUUCAGAAAUAUGUGCUUGGUAGACCAUUAGUACACACCAAGUCCUUCGGCUUUGUUCUCAUUUUCUUCAUCUUGUUUGCAACCGUUUUGGGUGUAUUCAAAGACAUACCAGAUGUAGCAGGUGAUGAAGCAUUUGGCAACCAAACAUACAGUGUCAGGCAUGGGAAAAAGAAAGUCUUUUCAAUUUGUAUUUUCACUCUGUUUAUCAACUACGCAUUUGCUGUGGUGACUGGAGCAUCGUUAUCUUCACUUCUACUGAACAAACUUGUGACGGUAGUAGGUCAUUGUACACUUGCUUCCUUGCUCUGGCGUCGAGCUAAAUCCGUUAAUCUUGAUGAUGAUUCUUCUCUGGAGUCACUUUAUAUGUUUUUAUGGAAGUUGUUUACGGCAGAGUAUGUGCUUAUUCAGUUUAUACGCUGACAAGAAAUGCGAGUACUCUCCUUCAAUAGAAAGUUGUAAUUAAUUUUUUCUGCUCCUUUCUUAGUAGUGACUUGCUACUUUGAAAGAAUUGUUCACAUUUCUGUUAGUAUGAACUGUUUUCAGUAUUCAAGUUGUUACAAUCGUUCAUACUGGCAUAUUUAUACAAUAAUAUAUGUCUUCUUUUAUAGUA